AUGUUUUGUUCUGAUGAUGAACACCGGCUUUAUAAGGAAUUGUUUGCCAAUUAUAACAAAAUCAUCAGGCCUGUUGAAAAUGUGUCCGAUCCUGUUAUGGUUUGGUUCGAAGUGUCUUUAUCUCAGCUGGUCAAAGUGGAUGAAGUGAACCAGAUUAUGGAGACUAAUUUAUGGCUGAAGCAUAUUUGGAAUGAUUACAAACUCAAGUGGGAUCCAGAGAAGUACGGUGGCGUCCAGUAUGUCCGAGUGCCAUCAAAUAAGAUCUGGAAACCUGACAUCAUGUUAUAUAACAAUGCGAUCGGAGACUUCCAGGUGGACGACAAAACGAAAGCCUUGCUCAAUUACACGGGGAACGUCACGUGGAUGCCUCCGGCCAUCUUUAAGAGCUCCUGCAAAAUAGACGUGACCUACUUCCCCUUCGACUACCAGAACUGCACCAUGAAAUUUGGCUCUUGGACCUACGACAAAGCUCAGAUCGACUUGGUGCUCGUCGGUUCCGCCAUGAACCUGAAGGACUACUGGGAAAGCGGGGAGUGGGCCAUUAUCAAAGCCCCCGGCUACAAGCACGACAUGAAGUACAACUGCUGCGAAGCCAUCUACCCGGAUAUCACCUACUCCUUGUACAUGAGACGCUUGCCCUUGUUUUACACCAUCAACCUGAUCAUCCCGUGCCUCCUGAUUUCCUUCUUGACGGUCUUGGUGUUCUACCUUCCGUCGGACUGUGGCGAGAAAGUUACUCUGUGCAUAUCGGUCCUCUUAUCCCUGACGGUUUUCCUCCUGGUCAUAACGGAGACCAUCCCCUCCACGUCGCUGGUCAUCCCGUUGAUUGGCGAGUACCUCCUCUUCACCAUGUUGUUCGUCACUCUGUCCAUCAUCAUCACCGUCUUCGUACUUAACGUCCACUACAGAACUCCCAGGACGCACACCAUGCCGGAUUGGGUGAAGGUGGUUUUCCUCCGAUUUCUGCCCCGCGUCAUGUUCAUGACGCGGCCCCCCAGCAACGAAGACGAGGGCAGACCCGAGAAAGGGAAGGCUUCUUCCCAUGUAGAGCUGGCGCCUUUGAACCUCAUCCAGGUACCCGACAGCAGGUACUGUCAAGACUGCUUCUUGUGCCAAGGGUUUACACACAUGUGCUGCCUGCACGCGCACAGAACACACUCAAAGGCCACAGGCAACCUGACGCAGAGCUCCAGUUCUGAGUCUAUGGAUGCAUUGUUUCCAUCUCCGCUUAUAUCGCCAGAAAUGAGAGACGUGAUGGACAGCAUCAAAUACAUCGCUGAAAACAUGAAACUACAGAAUAGAGCCAAGGAGACUCAAGAUGACUGGAAAUAUGUUGCCAUGGUAAUUGAUCGGAUUUUCCUGUGGGUAUUUAUUCUCGUGUGUAUUUUGGGGACAGCGGGAUUGUUCCUGCAACCGCUGCUGAUCAGAGAUGAAGUUUAAAC